CAACAUUAUUAAAUAAUCUUCACCGUUUACUAUUUUCAUUCUGUAUAAUAAUAAGAUCUUUUCAAUUUCAUUAACUAUUGUCAACAUUAUUAUCUACAACUUGUCAUGUGUUUUAAUGAAGGCUUUCACACGAUGAUGAUGUCGGCGUCACGGUUACUCUUGACGGUGGUUUUGGUGUCUUCGGCGACGGCGGUGGUGUCGUACUACCCGACGGAUCUCGCGCUCCAGGAUAGCAAUCUGAAGGACCGGUUGAAGGCGCAACAGGACGGCGGAAAAGCGGACGACGGCCUCGCGGUGGCGUACUUACCAGCCUACGUGAUACCCGACGGGUCGCCGGUGGACCCGUGCGUGACAUGCAGGCCUCGUCGGACCACGCACAAUUGCCGGCGAAUCACUGGGGACAGGUGUCCGGGUCGAUCUAGCCCGACCUGCACAACGAAACGCUGCAGUACACCUCAAUCCCCAACCGGAUCUAAGAAAUGCUUCAGCAGCUCUACGUUGUACCCUAGUUCUGCUGCAGCUUCCUUGUACUCCGCCGCUGGAGACACGGCGAAAAGCAGCCCUCCUUCUUCCAUCACCCACGUCAAACCAAACCGGAAUGAUGGACCGUAA